ACGCGAAGAAGGAAAAGCGGAAGAAUAUCACAGCCGCCGACAAAAGAAACAGGUCAAAUGUACAGCUGGAGGAAACGGUUCGCAAAACAAUCAUACUUUGACGGAAUUUGAAACUACUCGCUACGUCGCGUAGUUUUAGAUGAGAAAUGGAGGCUAAUAGACGGUAAAAUUGCAGCAUUAAAGAGUACUCAGUCGCCAUGGCGUCAGAGGAGGAGAUCAGCUUGCUAGUCAUCGUGGUGGACGUUAACCCGAUAUGGUGGGGGCAGCAAGCACAACGUGAGCCGCAGUUCACUCUGUCCAAAUGUAUGGACGCCGUCAUUGUGAUGGCCAACUCCCAUGUGGCCAUGAACAGGAGCAACAAACUGGCCGUCAUCGCCAGCCACUGUCAAGACAGUCACUUCUUGUAUCCCAGCAAGAAACACAGAGCCGGCGACAACGUGGACGACGCGUCCUCUGGCGGCGGCGGAAAGUACGAACUGCUUUCGGUCGCCAACAGUGUCAUGGCUGAGGAGAUCAGGGAUCUGAUGUCCAAAAUUGAAGUGAAGGGAAGCUCCACUGACACUUUGCUGGCGGGGUCCCUCGCCAAAGCGCUUUGCUAUAUCAACAGAGUCACAAAGGAACUUGAAGCCGGACAGGAGAUCAAGUCGCGGAUUUUGGUGAUAAAGGCAGCAGACGACUGCGCCCUGCAGUACAUGCAUUUCAUGAAUGUGAUCUUUGCUGCCCAGAAGCAGAACAUUUUGAUUGAUGCGUGCGUGUUGGAGUCAGAUUCGGGUCUCCUCCAGCAGGCGUGUGACAUAACAGGAGGCUUGUACCUCAAGAUCCCACAGAAGGUGGCCCUCGCACAGUACCUGCUGUGGGUGUUCCUGCCCGACGCAGAGCAGCGUUCCCAGCUGGUGCUACCACCGCCGGCCCACGUGGACUACAGGGCGGCGUGCUUCUGCCACCGUAACCUCAUUGAAAUCGGCUACGUCUGCUCGGUUUGCCUGUCGAUAUUCUGCAACUUUAGCCCCAUCUGCACAACCUGCGAGACUGCUUUCAAAAUCCAGCUCCCACAGAUGGUUAAAGGCAAAAAGAAGAAACUCAAGGCAUCAUGAUAUCACUGUAUCAUUGGCCUAAAGUAAUCAUCAGGAUGUGCAUCCAGUUUUAACUUAGAAAAGAUGUAGAGGGUAUUUUUUUGUGGGAACUAUUUUCCCUAAUAAAUGCAAAAAUUAAUUUCAUAAAAUCAACUGACGUACGACUGUCUCAAGAAAUGACUUUGCUCGUUCAACUUUUUUACCUAAUAAAAUCUACGUUACAACCCCUGCUUCUCUGUUUUGAAAUAUAGCACUCAGUGUGGUUUCUAAUGUGUUUCCCCUCUCAUUUAGCUAAAAUAUUAGCGCCCAGCAUCAUGCAAACCGCUAUCCUAAACAUUUGAAACAGACCAGAGUUAGCUGUUACUCCUCAGAGUGGUCACGCAAUGUUCCUGUGACGUGUCGUGUCAGCUGACUUAUACGGACGUUGUCGCCGUCUUUCUGUCGGCGAAGGCAGGGCGACAGCGCAGUCCUCCGUCUGACUUCUUUAGGACUGCAUCCCAAGUGUGAGUGUGCGCAGAGGCCCCCUCGUCACGGCUCAUGGUCCUGUGUGCACCUUUCCGAAUUUCAAUUGCCUCUUUCAUCCAUUGGUGGCGUUUGUUGUCCUCUGUCCCAAUGAUGUUUGCUCCAUUCUAAUCCAUCAUGUGCUUUUCUCUUUAGCAAUGGUCCGAAAUGGCGGAUUUGAGUUGUUUUUGCUCUGCUUUGUGUUUGGUUGCUCGUGUGCACGCCUUCGCUGUUUCACAUUGUUUCAUGUUCCUUUUUUCUUGUAUUAAUGUCCCUCCAUUUCCCCCAGUGUACGUUUUAUUGCAAGACAUGUAUGGUAGUGUAACCAUGGCUGUGUUCUUUUUAUCUCUUUUGGUUUUACUUGGAUUCUUUUGUUUUUCUUUCUCUCUGACCUGUUUUCCUUUCUGUAUGGGUGUUGACGCUGUUUUAGUGUAUCACAAAUGUAUCUGUUGCCCUCGUUGGUCUUGUUCAUCACAAGGAGUCAGACGGCGGAUGGCGAUGUCGCCCUGCCUUCGCCGACAGGAAGACAGCAACAACAUCUGUAUGAAUCAGCUGGAACAUUGCGUGACCACUCUGAGGAAGACUGCAAGUGGGCAGUCGAAACUGUCCGGUGCGAAAAAACAAGCUAACUCCGGUCCGUGAAAAGAACUGUUUCGAAUGUACGACUGUCAGACCAAAUGAACCUCAUUGGACAUUACUAAACAUAUUGUUGCAUUAUUUUCAUAAAGGCAGAUUUUGUUUUUUUUUGAUCAACUGUGCCUAAUGAAGUGUCCCGUGAACGUACCUUCUCGAGUCUCAUCCCAUGUGACAUUUGAGACAAGUCAGCCAAAUGUAACGUUGCAAGGUUUAUUCCUCAUGAAUAAAAGAAAACAUCCCU